GAAAUGUACGCUUAUCAUUUCAAACGAGAGUGAAAGUUUCAGCGGUUAUACCGCGAGUUCUUUUGGUCGCGCCAAAUUACGUGAACUAUACUCCGACAACUGGUCUAGUUUUUUUUUCAGUACCCUGUUACCUAAUUUAUUAAUUAUUAAUUAAUAACAUUACGGUUAAAAUGCGGGGAUUAAUUUAUUUCCUGCUCUUAAAUUUCGCGGGCUUAACCCUAUCGAAUAGCACAACGGAAAACUAUGAACUUAAGGAAAUGGAGUAUCGCGAGGGAACUUCGGUGGAGCCAAGGUACUCCCUGCCCUCCGUAAAAAUUGGUGAUAGUAGUGAGAAUCCGGACAAUGUGGUACCAGCCAGUUUGCAAAGGGUGCUGGACUUUUAUAAUAGCGAGAACUUAAUGGUACGAUGGCCAAAAUUUAAGAGUAAAAUCACAAAGGAAUGCCAGAAGGAUAUGGAAGCUUAUAUUGAUGGCUUGAGGAAUACUGAAAAUUGGGCUUUGAAAAUGGAGGAUGCCAGCGGAAGAUAUUCAACGGGCUGGUUCUGGGGAAAUCACUAUUGGCUUGGAUCAAAAAACCUUUGCGAUAACAUAGAGCCUCUUCCGAACGGUUUUACUAUAAAGAAUCGAACCAGAGUUGUACGUACAGCAUCAGCAAAGAAAUAUGAAGCAGACAGUCCGAGUCAAGCAGUAGGAUAUCAAAAAGGGCCUCUGGUUCAUACCUCUGUUCCACCAUUUUCUGUUUCCUUUUACAUGUUAAGAGUGGAUCUGAAUUCUAGUUUUACUACUGAGGAAAGGGUUUUGUCAAUUGGCCUUUGUCUACCAUACAUCUGCCGAGACGAAGAUGUUAAGACUAUUAUGGAAGAGACGUCUGCUGCAUCAGAUAAAGUUGAAAUUGAUGUGCUUUCGGUGAAAUCACAUCACAACAGAUACAAUAUCAUGCAAGACAGAACAUUUCUGGCCUUAUGUGUCGCAACAGUUUUUAUGGCUUGUUGUUUAACUGUAGGCACUUUAUUUGAUUAUUAUUUGGAAUAUCAAAAAAGCAAGCAAGUUACAACAAUAACACAACGAUUCUCUGUACCUAGCUUAAAGUCGACAAAUGGAAAAUCGGGUAUUUACGUAGUAAAUACCAGCGAUGGUAAUAAUAAUGGAAACUCAGUAGAGGUAAACGAUAGAGAUUCUUCGUCGCCCUCACGCGAAUCCGUGACAAGACUAAUAUUAAGAGAAUUCCUUUUAUCAUUUUCGGUAAGAGCAAACUUAAAAACUAUCUGUGAUCAAUCGGUUGGUAGCGAUACAAUUCCAGUUUUACACGGAUUGAAAUCCAUCAGUAUGGCUUGGGUUAUUCUAGGACACACGUGCAUUGUUGCAUUUAAAUAUUCUGAUAAUAUGGAAUAUAGAAAAGUCGUCCAAAAAGAGUUCUGGUUCCAGACCAUUUCCAAUGGAGCAUUUAGCGUAGACACAUUUUUCUUCACCAGCGGCUUACUUGUGUCAUUUCUGUAUUUUAGAACAAACGCUAAAGGAAAACUUGACCCCUUAUCUAAAGGCAAAAAUGGAUUUGUAGCAGGGCUUUUCCAUUUUAUGGGACUGAUGUGCUAUAGACUGGCGAGGCUUUCUACACCUUACGUAUUUUCACUUGGAGUCACUGAAGUUACCAUGAAAUGGUUUUACUACAACUCAGUUUUUGAACCACCAACUCAGGAUCAUAUCAACUGCCCUAACUAUUGGUGGAGAAAUGUCUUAUAUAUUAAUACCCUGUUUCCUGUAAACGAAAUGUGCAUGCUAUGGAGUUGGUACAUCUCUGAUGACACACAGUUCUAUGCAGUUGGGGCAAUAAUUUUAAUCUUAGCUACUAGUCACUUCAAGAGCGCAGCCGCCUUGCUAGUAAUUUUCUCAGCAAGUUCCUGGCUGACAACCGGUUAUAUAGCUUAUAGCAAUAGCCACGUUCCCGGCUCAGAUGACCCUUUGGCCUUGUUCGAUAAAAUCUAUGACAAACCUUGGACAAGACUUGGUCCAUAUUUAAUAGGAAUGUGCGUCGGUUGGUUACUGUUCAAAAAAGAUUGCCGCAUUCCUAUGUCCAAGAUCACCAUAACAAUAGGAUGGCUCUCCUCCUUGGGACUUCUAUUAGCAUUAGUUUACGGUUUGUAUGAAGCAAAUUUAUCGCCUGUUGCAGGAGCGGCAUAUAGUUCCCUCAGUCACUCAGCAUGGGCUAUAGGAUUGGCCUGGAUUGUUGUAGCAUGUGUCACUGGAUAUGGAGGUAUUAUAAAUAAGAUUCUCUCCCUCCCAGUUCUGUAUCCAUUUAGCCGAGUAACAUACUGCGCCUACUUAGUACAUCCUUUGCUCAUAAGAGGUAUGGUAAUGAGCAUGGAUAGCCCACUCCAUCUGGGAAGGAUUCCUACCAUUAUUAUCUUCAUGGGACAAGCAGUGGCGUCGUAUAUUUUAUCAUUUGUAUUAUCUUUAGCAUUCGAAGCACCAGCAGUAUCAAUGUUAAGGAUAAUCUCCAAAGUAGUUGCCCAUAAAAAACAAAGUUCUAGAGUGUGACUACCCUUAUUUAUUUUAAAGAAUUCAAAAAUGUUUGUCGUGUGAUAGGUUUAGGUAUAAACAAAAAUAAAUUCUGGUCAGCUUGGCAAUGCGACAUAGCAUAUAAUUUAUGUGGUUACAACUUCUUACAUUCUCUUUUCUGCACUAUAGUAUUGAACAGCAGUAGUUUCUAAUUUAUUAUUAGAUUAGUAGAUACUUAGAAAAUCUACCUCCAAAUUUAUUUUAUUGUCAGUCAUCCCAUACUUCAUAAUUUUUUAUAGAUUAACAUAGAUGUAGAAUCAGUUUUAUUUGAAAAUAAGUUCUAAUCUAUAAGAUUAUUUUGAUUGAAAAAUAAUCACAGUGCAUUUACAUAAAAAACCAAAGAUAGCCACUAUUAAUAAAUUAGGAGUUAUAUUCUCUUAAAACUGAUAAGUCUUUAGUCAUAAGGUUUUUUUA